UGUUGUUAUUAUUACCCCCAUAAUUAUUAAUACACUAUAAUUGUUGUUAGUUGGGCUACUACCCCCAAUUACAAUCCCAUGUCACCCUAUAUAAUCCAAUCAUAAGAUAAAAUCAUUUGCCAAAUUCAUUAACUAUUCAACUUUUUGAACCCUAUCUCUCUUCUCUUCAUUCUUCAAUGACUGCUUCUGUUUCACCUAUGAAAAGACUCUACCUUUCUCUUUAUAACUUUACCGUUUUAUUUGGAUGGUUACAAGUUCUAUUUCUUGUUUUGAAGACAUUGAAGGAAAUGGGUCAUCAAAAUGUUUACUCUGUAGCUCAAAAGCCCUUGCUUUUUGCUCAAACUGCUGCUAUAUUAGAGAUUCUUCAUGGUUUAGUUGGGAUUGUGAGGUCUCCAAUAUCAGCAACAUUGCCUCAGAUUAGUUCAAGGCUGUUUCUAGUAUGGGGUAUCUUGUGGAGUUUCCCUGAGACUCAGACUCAUUUUCUUGUGAGCUCCCUACUUAUCAGCUGGUCCAUCACCGAGAUUAUUCGCUAUUCUUUCUUUGGACUUAAAGAGGCUUUUUCAUUUUCCCCAUCAUGGCUUUUGUGGCUUAGAUAUAGCACAUUCUUAGUUUUGUAUCCAACAGGCAUAAGCAGUGAAGUUGGUUUGAUUUAUAUUGCCUUGCCAUUCAUUAAGGCAUCCGAGAAGUAUUGCAUCAGGAUGCCGAAUACAUGGAACUCUUCAUUCGAUUACUUUUACAUCGCAAUUGUUGCGUUGGCAAUCUACGUUCCAGGUAGUCCGCACAUGUACUCGUACAUGCUUGCACAGAGGAAGAAAGCCCUCGCCAAAGCAAAGGCCGCUUAGUUAAACAUCAUUAGUAGUUUUCAUUGUAGUUAGUAGUCAUUACCACUGGCAGAAAUUUCAGCCUUAAUUAAGAGUUAAGACCCACAUGAAGGAGUAGUUGUUAUGUUUUGUUGUUGAAAGAUAUAAGGUUGAGAAACUAUGGUCAUUGAUGAGUAAAGGCCCGGGGUGGUUGAGAUGGAUUAUGAUUGAAAUCGAGAAAAUAUUAUAAUUAUUGAUUAGGAUUUCAUUUGCAAAUUAGUUCUUGAAGGAUACACAUGAAUGUACACAUGAGAGCCACGAAGAUAUAACAUGUUACAUUAGCUAUUUUGUUAAUAAUUUUUGUCACAACUAGACAAAAUAUUUGAUCAA